UUGAUUUGUUUACAAAAUAGUCCGGUGUUUGUAAAUUUUGGUGUGGAACUGUGAAAUCCAUAAUGAGUUUUAAAACGUAUAAAGAAACAAUUGAGGAGGGUGAUGUUGUUAUAUUAUACCUGAGUAAUAACCUCCACGCUAUUGAGGUACGGCCUGAGAUUAAAAACAAAAAGGGAGAAAUGGUGGAGAAUGUUUACCAAACAACAUUCGGUGCUCUGAAGGUGAAGAAUCUUAUUGGAGAAGCUUAUGGCGGUAAAGUCCAACUAUCAAAAGGCUGGGGUCAUGUGUUACAACCGACUCCGGAACUGUGGUCGCUGACGUUACCUCAUCGCACACAAAUUAUUUACACACCAGACAUCAGUAUGAUAUUGCUACAACUGGAUUUGGUACCUGGCAGUGUUGUUAUAGAGGCUGGCACAGGCAGCGGCUCCCUAACCCACGCGCUGAUCCGUCGCGUGCGGCCUAACGGCCACGUGUACACCUUCGACUUCCACGACCACAGAGCUAAGCUGGCACAGGAGGAGUUUGCGUGUCACGGCCUGGCUGAGUUUGUUACUGCGCAACACAGAGACGUAUUAGCUGAGGGUUUCGGCGAUGAGCUGAUCGCGAAGGCCGAUGCUGUAUUCUUGGAUCUACCCAGCCCCUGGUUGGGUGUGGAGCACGCUGUCAACGCUAUGAGAGAUGAAGGUGGUAGAUUCUGCUCGUUCUCUCCCUGCAUCGAGCAAGUCCAGAGGACCUGUCGCGCGCUAGAGGAGCAGGGAUUCCAGGACAUCACCACCAUGGAAGUUCUGCAGACAGAGCUGAAGAUCAGUAGAAGGACAGUCCCAGUAAGGGAUCUUAGAUUCUUGAAGACCAAGAGUGCUGACAACCCGGUGGAGGAGAAACCGUCGAGCGACAAGAGCUACGUGGUGGGAACGUGGCCGGCCAGCACCCCCGGACAUACCGGCUACCUCACUGUUGCCACGCUUCCGCCGGCAUUCAUACGCAAAAAACCACAGCAGAGCCAAAACGGUGCUAAGGACAGUACAGACAGCGACAAAAUGACUGUCGACGAAAGUUAAUUUAUUGUGUAAAUA